UGAUCCGCUUCGCUUAUUAAUUUUUUUCUUUUUCCUCCUUAUUUUUGGCUUUUCUCUUUUCAAUUUCUGCUGUACUUUUUUUUCACUAUUCUCUUAGCUAUUUUCAAAUGGGUUCCUGAUUGUUUUUAAUAGAAUUAGCUGUAAAGAGCCCAUCUUCUAAUGUUGUUCCUGUUGAAGUUGUGAUCAUUUUUUAGAAGAUUGAUUAAAUUAUUUGCAUUAUUCUGUACGGAUGCUAGUUUUACGAGUUUAUUUCUUAAAUUACUUCAUUUCUCUGGAGAAAUGGUCAUUUAAUCUUACACUCUAUGCUCUGAAUAAUGGAUGUCAAAAUGUUUUCUCUUAAAGAUACCUUCUCUCAUAACGGAUUUCUGUGUUUCAGAUUUCCGGAGGAACCCGAUAGAGUUGCAGUGUGAUGAACGCUUUGCUUCGUGCAUAUUUUUCGGCUUUAUUACCGAGGGCUAGCAGUAUAGUUGUAAGGGGUGUAUAUUGUGGACAUUCUGCAGCACCCUCAUGGAAAACGAAUUUUCAAUAUGUAGAUAAUAGUGCUACCAAUUCGAAAUUUAGGUUCACAGGAAUUUGCUGCCAGUGCUCUUCCACUAAGAAUUCUAAUAAAAAGAAACCGUCUAAAGCAAAGCCAACGCCGGUGAUGAAGGACGAUAAAGAAGCAUUCUUUGUAGUUAGGAAAGGGGAUAUUGUUGGUGUAUACAAGAGUUUGAGUGAUUGUCAGGCUCAAGUUGGGAACUCGAUAUGUGACCCUCCCGUCAGUGUAUUUAAAGGUCAUGCUAUGCGCAAGGAUGCAGAGAAACAUCUUCAGUCCUGUGGCCUUAAGAAUGCUCUUUAUACUGUGAAGGCUGAAGAUCUGAUGGAAGGUAUUUUUGGCACUCUUAUGCCUUGCCCAUAUCAGCUCCCUUCUUCUGUGGGUGAAACUUCUACUGAAAUUGUGUCAAGGAAGAGGUCACAUGAAGCAUUGGGGUAUGCUUCUGGGCGUUCUUGCACUGUGGAAUUCGACGGUGCUUCAAAAGGGAAUCCUGGCCAAGCAGGUGCCGGAGUUGUGUUACGAGCUGAUGAUGGAAGCUUGGCCAUGAAGUUACGGGAAGGUUUAGGAACAGCUACCUGUAAUGCUGCUGAAUAUCGAGCUAUAAUUUUAGGGUUAAGAUAUGCACUUGAGAAAGGGUUCACUAACAUUCGUGUUCAAGGUGAUUCAAAGCUUGUCUGCAUGCAGAUUCAGGGUUUGUGGAAGGUGAAAAACCAGAAUAUUUCCCUGUUGUAUGAGGAAGCAAAUAAGUUGAAGGACCAAUUUUCGUCAUUUCAGAUCAUUCAUGUGCUGAGGGACUUAAACUCCGAGGCUGAUCAACAGGCAAAUUUGGCCGUGAAUCUUGCCGCUGGCCAUGGAAAUGUUGAGGUCACAGAAGUUCGAGACUUUGCUGGUGAGAAAGUUGAGAUGAAAAGGCUUAUUGAUGCAAACUUUGAUAGAGAUGUCAGAAAGAAGAUUCGUCGUUUCGAGGAAGACUACUAUGGGAGAAAGGAUCAAGGUCAGAGCGCCAGUGUUCAGUUUGUGGGAGAGAAGCGAGGACACAUCGUCAGUCCGAAGAAGGAAGGGAAAAACCUGCUGCCACGCCCCAGUGUCCGAGAAACUCCACGGCUCGUCACCCCCAGGGUGGAUGAGACUCGAACCCCUGUGAUUCUGGGGCUUGACCCAAGAUUGGAGGCUAUUCUCAGACAGCAGGAGAUUAGUCAGAGCCCUUUUGCAGAGCACAUUCGGAUAUGCACCAAGCCAGACAACUUCAGGUUGCCCGAAGAUAUCAAGUUGUCCAGACUGUGGGAUAUAGUCGAGAAGGAGGUCCGCAAGGAGGAGUCGCUCCAGAGAGCUCGAGAAGCCUUCCAAGAAGAUAGGAAGGAGAAGAAGCCUGAAGAGCGGAGGUCGACCACCAAUGCCCCAAAGUAUGAAGCCAAGCUGACACCACUCAUCAAGACCCGAAAAGAAAUCUUGGAAAUCCACAAGGGUGAGUUUAGGACCCCCUCGAGGACGAAGAAUAUAGGGUCCUCCGAGGAAUGGUGCCAUUAUCAUCAAGGCAAGGGGCAUGAUACUGAGGAUUGUCGAGAUCUCCAGCAGCAGAUCAAGGAUGGACUCAAGGCCAGAAAAUUCCAGCAAUAUGUCAAGAAGAGCGGGGGCGGGAAUGCGGACUUCAAAGGGAGGAGGAACCAAAAAUGGAAAAAGAAUGAUGCCAAGAACCAGCCUGCAAAAGCGGAGGUCGAGGCAACAGAUAAGGCAGAAGACGAGGUGCAUGCACAAAAAAUCUUAGCUGCACCUGUGGGGGCUAUAUUCGGAGCAUGCCUUGUUGUUCAAAGUAUGUCGAGGCUAAAACGCGAUGCUCGACCUCGACCCCCUGGAGAGGAUGUAGGCAAAAGGCUUAAGGUUUCAGAAGAAAUCACUUUCUCUGACCAAGAUGUCGUCCUCAAUACAGCUGAAGGGGCGGAUGCGCUUGUGAUCGAGGCCAACAUUGCCAAUCAUGUGGUGCGAUGUGUGUACGUGGAUAAGGGGAGCUCAGUGGACAUCAUGUAUUGCGAUUGCUUCCAGAAGCUCGGUCUUGAUCGGGCUAUGCUUCGACUGGCUCCAACACCCUUGGUAGGUUUCUCCAAUCAUGUGAUUCUGCCCUUACGUGUGGUUACCCUUGCUGUGGCUAUAGGAACCCAGCCCCGGCUAAAGACGGUGAUGUGCGACUUUGCUGUGGUGGAGGUGAUCGCCCCUUUCAACCUCAUAUUGGGUCGACCCUGGAUGUGCAAGACCAAAGCUAUCUAUUCCCCUUACCAUCUAGUCAUGAAAUUCCCAACACCCGCCAGAAUAGGAGAGGUUCGUGGAAAUUCCCAGAUUGCCAAACAGUGUAUGGUCGUCGCAAUGAAGAGAGGAAAAAAGUUGCUGUUGAAGGCGUCGGAGGUCAAUAUGAUCCAUGAAUUGACUCCCUAG